AUUUCUCCCCAAUUAUGAUACAAUGACAUUCCAAUACCAAAAAGUCAACAUUGGUAUCAAAGUCCAGCAGCUGCACCUCUCUCUCUCUCUCUUCCUCUCAAUUCCUCUCUUCUUUAAUCGAUCAAAACUGCAGUCUUUACAGCAGAAAUUGGUUCUUUCUCUUCUUCCUCAUUCGGAGUUUCGAAAUCGAAUCGAAAGAUUGUUUUUUUUUUCUUUUUUUUUUUUUGCACUCUUCUUCUUCUUCUUCUUCUCCAAUUCUGAGAAAUCCAAAUUUCCUGUCCUAUGAAUCCCAAAGCAUCUCCGAAGGAACAACCGGAGGAUCCCAGUUUCCAUCCGGCACAGGCUCUUCCUCGGUAUGACAAGAAGGAAGCUGAUCUCCGGGAAAUCAGACAAGCACAGCCCAACAGGGAGGCGCAGCAGGUGGCGACGGCGGAGGAGAAAGGAGGACAAAGGCGGCAGCUUGCGCCGAAGCGGAGCUCCAACAAGGACCGGCACACGAAGGUGGACGGCCGCGGGAGGCGGGUCCGCAUGCCGGCCCUCUGCGCCGCUCGGAUCUUCCAGCUCACCCGGGAGCUGGGCCACAAGUCCGACGGCGAGACCAUCCAGUGGCUGCUCCAGCAGGCGGAGCCCUCCAUCAUAGCCGCCACCGGCACCGGCACCAUUCCGGCCUCGCUCCUCGCCUCCUCCGCUGCCACCAACCUCACCUCCUCCUCCUCCUCCACCACGACCUCCGCCGGCCUCCACCAAAGCAAGCUCCACGAAUUAGGGCAGGAAAGGGCCAACUGGGCUGCGUUUGGCGUUAGGUCGCACCCGGAGCUGUGGCUGCCGCCCGUCGACGGGUUCAACGCGGCUUUGUUCCAGUCGGCGGCGGCGAUGGGGGCCAUGCCCUUGGCGGCGAGUUUUCCGAGGGUCGGGUUUAACGGUUUGGAAUGGCCUGGGAGCAGCAUCAAUCCGAUGAGCUUCACGUCGCUUCUGAGCGGACAGAAACAGUCACUGCCCGGAUUGGAGCUCGGAUUGUCACAACAUCCACAAGUCGGAAUUUUCAAUCCUCAUUCCUUGAGUCAUUUCUAUCAUCAUGUAGGGCAGGGCAGCGCCGGUGCCGAUGCCGGUGCCGGCGGCGAUCACGUGCAGCUGCCGCAACAACAAGAAGAAGAUCAAAGGCAGCAAUCUCUCACUCCUAAUGAGAAUUCAGAAGCGUCAGAACAGUAGUCACUUAAAAAUAUUGAAUCUGUUCUCUGUGUUUUAUUGCAAGUUAAUGGUCCAAGAGAGGAAUGUUGCCAAGUAUUGUUCUUCGAUUUGGAUUUGGAUUUGGUUUUAGAUUUUGGUUUUGGACAAAGAGUUAAGCCGCCAUCCAAUAAUGGUACAAGCAGAAUUGGAGUUGGCUGAUUUUGAGGUUUGUCUAUAAAUCCUAGUUAGAAUCCAAAUAUACCAUAAAUUUUACUAUGUUUAUUUUUAAAUC